AUGCCUUUGGACGAAGAAGGGGCCAAGUGGUCUUGCGAACCAUGCAUUCGUGGCCAUCGAUCCUCAAAAUGCCAGCACUUCGACAGACUUAUGAUGAAAGUGCCCAAGGCAGGUCGUCCGUUGGCCAAGUGCCCUCAUCCCAAGGGGACUUGCAGCUGUCAAAAAACCUACGCCUUUAUGGUUCGGAUACCCAAAGGCUCUAGCUGCUUGUGUCGACCAGUGUACAAGGUGCCUGCCGGCACGAACGAUUCAUCACAAUCCACUCCGGUCUCCAUGGUCUCAGUGUCAUCCCCUUCAUCUGGCAAGGUCCAAAAGCCCGGGAGGAGACAGAGCAACAUUCAAGCCACACCAGAGAGCAUCGCCAAGGCCUUGGAAGCGAUGCCCGAGAAUCUCAAAUUUGAAGACGGGACCUUCAACUAUUUGGGAAAUCUGUCUUCCCACCAACCGGAGCAAGAUGAAUUUAACGACACUGGUGCCGAACAAGGUGCUUCUAUGCCCCAAAGAUCCACUGACGCUACGAACGGAUCUAGCUGCUGCUCGCAGAAGCCGCAACCCGCGCCGAUCCCACCAACAGCAUCGCAAGGUUCGGGUUCUUGCUGCAGUGGGAAAACCCAGGUCGCCAAUUCUGUCUCCGAAGGUGUCUCUAAUACCCAGGGAUCAAAAGUAAAUCAGCCAACAUCAUGGAACGACAUGACUUACAUGAAUUUCUCGGCGCAACAGAUGCCCUCCUGGCAGAACUCCAUGACCUCUUCACAGCAGUCCUUUGUUCCCCCUUUCGGAAUAUCGAACUCUGGGGCUCAGUCAUUCUACACGAACGAAUACACAGGGAACGGGUCCUCUACCUAUUCGACCUCCAUGAACGGACUCGAAAUCACGCCACAUCACACGACACCAUUCACCAUGGACCAUUCUCAGAGCUCUGCCUAUGGACCCAUCAAUCUCGCCAAAAGUCCUAGCCACGACUGUAGCUGUGGAGAUGAAUGCCAGUGUCUAGGCUGCGCAGCCCAUCCCUUCAACAACACUACCCGUCAACAUGUCCAAGAAAUGGGUGUCAUGAUGACAUUUGAUGGAGACGAUUCAGCACCCGACUCCAUGGCUAAUGCCUACAAUCCUCCAUCUUUCCCAAAAAACACCGCAACGAACCCAAUGAACUUCUUCAUGCAACAGACGCAAUCGAUGAACCAUGGCAUGAAUCAAAAUUCCUUUGAGCCAUAUUCCGAUCCCAACUCGGCGAUGCCCAGUGGCUACUCGUCCCCUCUCCCCGCAGGACACCACUUCAAUCAGCAAUUGAUGCAUCCAUCCGAAUACUACACAAUCGAAUAUCCAGUUGGUAUCCCGAGUGCUUGCUCAGACGUGACGGGCAGCUGUCAAUGCGGCAACGACUGCAGUUGCGUCGGUUGUCUCACACACAGCGGGCACAAUGGUGUAGCUCUGGAGGCCCCAAUCCCAGAGACUCCCGUCACCAGCACCGCGCAAAAUGCCCCUGCAUCCGCAUCCCACGGCGUGCCGACAACGACUGCUGGCAGCCACAUUUCUCGAAUUCCGGUCCUGGAAAAUGUGUCAAUGCCCUGUCUCAGCCCACGCACAUUCGAAACAUCCAUGAUUUGA